AUGAGCGAAAACCUGAGCUUUCAAGUUGUCGCUGUGUCGAUAAAGCGGGCGCCAAUUUCCACAGGCACGACGACUGGGGAGCAACAAACAUCGAUGCAGCUUCCUAGUAUUCAGCCUACUAGAUCUCUCAUCACUCCGACAUCGACAAAUACUUUCUUGGCUAAUGAGCCAAACAACAACCAGUCGACUUCUCGGUAUGGGGAACAAAAUCCCAACGAGACUCUCGGAGACAUUCUCAGAAGGCUACGGCAAGAGCAUCCCAAUCAACGAUCAGCUGGCGGCAACUCUGGUGCAAAGCCGAGACCACGGUCGAGUACCGUGGUCGUCAACAAACCGAAAAACAACCAGAGCGGUGUACGGAAAGGCCAUGCUCCACGAAAGGGCCAUGCUCUACGGAAAGGCCAUGUUCAAUCAUAA